AUGUUAGUCUACGACAUCACAAAUCCCAAGAGCUUUGAUAACAUCGCCAAAUGGCUGCGAAAUAUCGAUGAACCCUUAUCUCACAAUCUGUUUAUCUCGUGUGUUGUGAAGCACGCCAACGAAGACGUGGAGAAAAUGAUUUUAGGAAAUAAGUGCGAUAUGGAUGACAAACGGAUGAUCACUAGAGAGAGGGGUGAGACCAUCGCCAGGGAACACAACAUUAGGUUCUUGGAGACGAGUGCGAAGGCCAACAUCAACAUAGACCGAGCUUUCCUCGAAUUAGCCGAAGCCAUACUCAAUAAGCAAACGGCGGGUCAGAACCCAUCGGAAAGCGCGGACAGAGUGAACGUCUCGCGACAGGACACCAAAGUGGGCUCAAAGUGCUGUAAUUUAUAAGAUCGACC